UGACUGCUCUGGUUAGAACUGGAUGUUCUGUCAAAGCGAGGACUGAAACAUGGCCCUGCUUUAUCACCUAGGAGUCCUCCUUGCUCUUCUAACAAUGUGUCAGUCCGAAGAUCCUGGAGCAUAUUUACAACUGGAUAGCUGUGCUUUAAAGAAUGUUGUGAUAGGCAUUCUGUCAAAUAAAGAAACACUCAGAAAAAUGGGAGAAUCGCAAGAAGCUAAGAAAGCCUUGGGCCAAAAGGGUCAUAGUCCAAUCAAGGGCAUUUCACACAUAAAGAUGGAAAAGCUGGAGUUCUCCAAUAUCUCGCUCACCUUUUUAUCAGGCAUUGGCAUCCAAAUGUUUGUAACAAAUAAGAUUCAAAUCAGUGGGAAAAGUUUCCUUGGAGGAAAAACAGAAAUGAAAAUGGAGGUAAACAUUAUUACAAAAACAAGCCUUGAGAAAGGAGAUGCAAAUUGCCCUAAAAUUGUAAAAACAGAUUGCACAACCAUUCUCGUUAAAGUCGAGGCCAAUCUGCCAAAAGGAAUUUUACCCAAUGUGAUGAAUAAUUUUCUGGAUAAAAAUCUCAAAAAACUUUUGCCUUCUACGCUGUGCCCAGCAGUGGACUUCAUACUUAGCGAAGUUAAUAAAAGGUUAUGCACGAAAGACAUUAGUUUGCCUUUUGGAAAAUCUGGAAGUCUCCACUACAUGGAAUCUCCAAUAUCAACCGUGACAGAAGAACAUGUUGAGAUAGAGUUCAAUGCCCAAGUAUUCAAUGGAGAAAACACCAUUUAUCCAUCGGAGAACACUACAAACUCCUUUGUGUUGCCCUCUUAUCAGGAAACAACAACACUUUUUCUGACAUCUACUUUUCUUGGGUGUGCCUUCACUGUAUUUCAAGAGGAAGGGGCAUUCAACCUCCUGGCUAGUGAAGACGAUCUUGCAAAUUCAGGGGCAAUGUCUGUAUCAACACUAAGUGACAUCCUUCCUGAGCUUCCAGGAGGACUGCAAGACUACAAAAUAAACAUUUCUGUGAAUAAAUCUGCGCAGGUUACACUGGAUAGCUCUAAAGCACUACUCCAUCUUUACUCAACAAUGGAAGUAACUGCCUCUUCCCCAGACUCAACUUUAAACAUAUUUAUAAUAUACCUGCAUAUGAAUUUUAAAAUCCAGUUCUCAGUCAAUGAAAACAGCUUAAACUCUGUUCUUUCCCUCGACAGGACAUUCCUUUCCUUGGAAUCAUCCUCAGUUGGACAAUUUGAUGUGGAAGACUUGAAGGAGUUUGUCACUUCUGUGAUUGAAAAAGUAUACACCCCUGCAAUAAAUGUUGAACUACAGACAGCAAUCCCACUUCCUGACAUAAUCCAUAUACUGGAUAUCAACUUUGAUAAUGCUCAAAUUGAAACUGAUAAGGACAUACUUCUAAUACCAGUCAACGUUUGCAAAGCUUGGGAUGGACCUUUAUCCACUUAGAGAAUAUCUGCACCAAUCAAGCAAAAUUCUAUUCUUUCCCCAAUGAUAUUGCAAAAGAUCCUCGAAGAGUCCUCAUAUAUUUGUCAUGAUAGCAUAGUAAUUGUUUUAGUUACGUAAACAAUAGUAAAAUACAUUUUGGUUUGGAUCAUUGUAUUGGUAUAAAAUGGCAAUC